AUGACCACCAACGAGCCAUUCUAUCUUCGAUACUACUCUGGCCACCAGGGCCGAUUUGGACACGAGUUCCUGGAGUUCGACUUUCGGGUGCUUGGAGAUGGCCGCAGCGCAUCUGCCCGUUAUGCAAACAACUCCAACUACCGCAACGAUAGCCUUAUCCGGAAAGAGAUGUGUGUCAGCGAUGCGUUGGUAGCCGAAAUCAAGCGCAUCGUCAAGGACAGUGAAAUUCUCAAAGAAGAUGACACAAAGUGGCCUCAAAAGAACAAAGAUGGUCGUCAAGAGCUGGAAAUUCGGUUAGGCAGCGAACACAUCUCCUUUGAGACUGCAAAGAUCGGCUCCCUCCAGGACGUGCAGGACUCGUCGGAUCCAGAAGGCCUCCGUGUUUUCUACUACCUGGUACAGGACCUCAAGGCUCUGGUCUUCUCCUUGAUAUCUCUUCACUUCAAGAUCAAGCCAAUCUAA